GUCGGCGCCGAUGUUGCAACUCAUUCGCACGGUACUGAGCUUCUACUGCGCAACGAGACAGCCGUUGCUGUUCCCGCAAGAGUGCUUUGAAAGCCAAGUCAUCGCUGAAGUCGAGAUGAAAGUGUUGAAGCGCAAACUCAUGGGACACUGCAAGUCUGGUCAGCGACUACAUGAUGUUGUGGAGUUUGGAGUUGGCGAAUGUCUCGAACAUCGGUGCUUGCAGCAGUACGUCCAUGUCGUGCAAGACGCAGCCACGCACACCGUCUUGGAAAUGCUGUCCAUCGACGUUAUAGACAAAGGGGGCGUUGUAGUAUCGGCCACGGAUAGCCACGAGAAUGUGCUAGCAUUUUUCCGAACGAUGGAGCUCAUCAUCGAAACACUUCCUCCAUUACCUUGUGCGACAGAGUUCAGCAUCGACAUGGCGUUCCAUCGUGAAAAGCUGCCGUAUGUGACAUGGUGUCCACCAUAUUGCGGCAACGUCAACCUCCGACGAAGAUCUGCAUCGAACGAUUUUGAAUGCAUUGUUCUCGGGGCGUUGAAGGCAACGGAUGGCGGACUCUGCCGAGUGUCCCUGCAGUCAUAUCCCACCAUAAUCUUACCCCCCAUGGAGCGACUUCGCCCGAGCUUGCCUCAGCGCAACGAAUCGUGGUUUGAUAUGGUCAAAGCGGUCGUGUUGAAAUCGACAAAGCCAACGAUCAAGCAUGUUCGGAGGCAGCUGCCGAAGUUGCCGCACGACGUUGCGCAGUGGUGCUUUCAGCGACUUGUAGACGAACGAGUUCUGCAGCGAGAUGGACGAAGCCAUCGGUAGGAAAGCAAAGCCUCAUCUUUGUCAACGGCAGCAUGCGCACUCUGGUGGUAGAUAUCGCAUGGGGUCGUCAGGAAGUCGCCCCAACUAUGCGGCGGACGCAGCAAGGGAAGGCAUUGUUAUCGCCAGUACGUCCUCGUUGACGCCCAGGAAUGACGUCGGCUCCAUACAUGGAGGAAUGGUUGUUUGUGGUGGGAUCACUCAACACGGUGGCUCCAUAGGACUGGCUUAGUUCAAUAAAGUGUCUCUCUUGAAUACAAACAUACGUUGUGACA